AUGUCUCACUAUAUGAGCGCCGCUUUUUCAAUGAAAAAAAAGAAGCUUCAAGAGAAGAGACCUUACAUCAUUGGGCCAUCUUCACCUGGGCCCACCCAUUUGAAUAUUGCUAGUGACUGUAUUAAUAAUUCUGCUGUUGAUGUGUUACUUCUGAGCACAGAUGUCAAUUCAAUACUCUCUGAUGAACCGGGGAGUAGUAGGACAGAGUUGGAGGAUAUCCAGACAGAUGAUGAGGAAGUCAUUAAUAGCUCUGACGAAGAGGAUGACACACACUCCAGUUCAGAAUCAAGCAAAGGAGAUUUUGAUCAGCAGGAAGACCAGCAGGUUGAAGGCCGCAGAAGGAAGGCCAGGGUAUACCAUAUUGCUCAAGAAAUCAUGAACUCUGAGAAAGUGUUUGUGGAUGUACUGAAGUUGUUGCAUAUCGAUUUUCGCGAUUUGGUGGCCCAUGCCUCCAGACAGCAAGGAAAACCAGUAAUUGAAGAGAAGUUUCUGAGCCAGAUCCUGUACUAUCUACCUCAGUUAUAUGAACUCAAUAGAGAUAUCCUGAGAGAACUAGAAGAAAGAGUACCUCACUGGAAAGAACAUCAAAGACUCGCUGAUAUCUUUGUGAAGAAGGGGCCAUAUUUGAAAAUGUAUUCGACAUACAUUAAAGAAUUUGCCAAGAACGUAGCAUUACUAGAUGAACAAUGUAAGAAAAACCCAGGAUUUGCUGCUGUGGUACGAGAGUUUGAGAUGAGUCCUCGCUGUGCAAAUCUGGCAUUGAAACAUUAUCUUCUUAAGCCAGUUCAGAGGAUUCCGCAGUACAGACUUCUACUAACAGAUUACCUGAAGAAUCUGAAAGAGGAUUCUGCAGAUUACAAAGACACUCAAAGUGCCCUUGCUAUUGUUAUAGAAGUAGCUAACCAUGCCAAUGACAUAAUGAAGCAGGGAGAUAAUUUUCAGAAACUUAUGCAGAUUCAGUACAGCUUAAAUGGGAGUCAUGAAAUUGUACAGCCAGGAAGGAUUUUUCUGAAGGAAGGAACUCUGAUGAAGCUCUCUAGAAAAGUCAUGCAGCCUCGAAUGUUUUUCCUGUUUAGUGAUGCCUUGUUGUAUACUACCCCACUGCAGUCUGGAUCGAUGUAUAAACUGAACAACAUGUUAUCACUGGCUGGAAUGAAGGUCAGCAAACCAUCGCAAGAAGCAUAUCAGAAUGAGCUGAAUAUAGAAAGUGUGGAGAGAUCAUUCAUUCUGUCAGCAAGUUCUGCCACUGAAAGAGACGAAUGGCUGGAAGCAAUAUCUAAGGCAAUUGAAGAGUACACAAAGAAGAAAAUCACAUUUAAUGCCAGUCGAAGCCUUGAGGAGGCAGAACCAGACAAGGAAGAGGCAGAUUAUCCUCUUGGGUCAAAGGCUCCCAUCUGGAUUCCAGACACUCGUGCCACCAUGUGUAUGAUCUGCACCUGUGAAUUUACUCUGACGUGGAGGAGACAUCACUGCAGAGCAUGUGGCAAGAUUAUCUGUCAGGCUUGUUCUUCAAACAGGUAUCGACUUGAAUAUCUAAAAAAUCAGCUUGCAAGGGUGUGUGAUCAUUGUUUUAAAGCACUGCAGACAAGAGAGCAUCUGACUACACCUAAAGCUUCGUUUCAAGGAAGUCAUAGGUCACCAUCCAGUGCUUUAUCGACGGUCUUGCACAGUAUUCCAUCUGGGAGAAAGCUAAAGAAAAUUCCAGCUGCUCUGAAAGAAGUGUCUGCAAGUACAGAAGACUCCUCCAUGAGUGGCUAUCUCUAUAGGUCAAGGGGCAUCAAGAAACCAUGGAAACAUCUUUGGUUUGUCAUCAAAAACAAAGUGCUAUAUACAUAUGCUGCUAGUGAGGACGUUGCAGCUUUGGAGAGCCAGCCACUUCUUGGAUUUACGCUCCAUGAAGUCAAGGAUGAGGGAUCAGAGCCCACACUGAUGUUCCAGUUAUUGCACAAAAACACUUUGUAUUAUAUAUUCAAAGCGGAUGACCACCAUACAGCCCAGAGGUGGAUAGAAGCAUUCCAGGAGGCCACAGUUUUAUAAGAACUUUGCUACGUAUGUUUUAUUUGAUGGCUUAAGUGUGCAAAAGAAAAAUCCUAAAUUAUUUAAUGAACAAUUUGUGACAGCCUAUAUGAACAACAGGGAUAGUGCUCCAUAUCUGACAAUGCCCAUCUGUGCCAAGGAAAUGUGCUUAUUUUGGUUUCACAUUCUGCGUUCUGCAAUUUAUUUCAGAUCCAUCAUGUUCUUGCAGACUUUGAAGAGGGAGCUCAUGCACUUCUUUUGAAGGUCACACAGUACUUUCUUUUUUCCAGUGUAGCCAUAGUGAUCCUGCAGCCAAGCACAGUGCUUGUGGAUAGGUGGGGCAGAACUCCAUUGCAAGAUGCAUUGUAUGAUUACUGCAAUGUAGUGGAACACAGCUGCCUUUUGAGCACAGGAAACCAGGAAGAAGUGGGUGCUUGCUGUGGAGAGUGAGCGCUCUAUUAAUUCUCCUAUAAUUCAAAAGUCCCAGCAGAAACUGAAUAUAUCCACGACUUGCCACAUAAAUGAACUUAUCUGCAACCGUGUCCAGAUUAGGAUUUUCUUCCUGCAGCCACAACAACAAGGUGAACAUGGUGGAGACUGAAGUCAUUUUAAUGUCCUUCCAGAUGUCUAAUUUUAUAUGGAAAUUACUUCAGGUUUUAUACAAAAAAAUGAACUGCUGAUUGGGACCUUUUAGACCUUGUACAGUGUUAGUUAUUUUUCUUGGGAAAAAUUUUAUGUAUAGAAUUAAACAUCUGUACCUGCUUACUGCAUUUUGCACAGUCAGUUAAAAAUACAGAUGCUGCAUACUUUUGCAAGUUGCAUUUCUUAUUCAUUAACAACCUGACAGCUGCAUUUUUGAAAGACACCUUCAUGUGAAACAACAAAUCACUAUAGCAUUCAACAUGUCUGUCAGGCGCAGAAAAUUUUAUGUACAACAAACAGAGAUGGUUCGUGUUGAACCGAGAUACUGCUUAUGGUUCACAAAGAUGUAUUUCCAUUUACAUGAAAUGAAACUUGGGAAUUAUAUAUGUGAUGUUUAAGAGCAAUUACCAUGACUUUAUUAUAAUUUCCUACUGCAUCUAAAAUAUAUAAACUUAAAACAGG